UAAAGUGAGUCAAAUUAACUAAUCACAGUACUAUUUACUGUACAAAGUUGUAACAUAAGAAUGAUCUCAAAACGCCAGAGAUCAGGUUCUCUAUAUGAAGCACAAACACCAUGUAAAGCCAGCUUCCUUUCUCCGUAUACAGACACAUAGGUUUGUCUGGGUGGUUUGUUUGCAGGAGAACGCAACUAUGUCAGGAUUGUUGUACAAUGUGAAGGAGUACGUGAUGGAGAAGGUGGCGGAGAUGAAGAAACCAGAGGCGACGCUGAGGGAUGUGGAUCUUAAACAAGUUAGCCGUGAGUGUAUCACUUACGAUGCUAAGGUUUCUGUGAGUAAUCCUUACAGCACUCCCAUCCCCAUUUGUGAGAUCUCUUACACUCUCAAAAGUGCUAAUAGGGAGAUUGCUUCAGGAAGUAUUCGGGAUCCAGGAUCACUCAAGGGGAACGAAUCAACGGUGCUAGAUGUCGAAGUGAACGUGCCCCAUAAUGUGCUGCUGAGCUUGGCUAGAGACAUUGGCGCAGACUGGGACAUUGACUACGACUUGGGGAUUAAUCUUGUCAUUGAUCUUCCAGUUCUCGGAAAUGUUAGCAUUCCGGUUUCUGGCAAAGCUUUCAAAUUGGUUGGGAAAAAGUGGCAGAUCAUACGCAUCAUCAUUGAGAGGUUGAGGAGAAUCGACAGCUAAUGACGGGGAGAAAAGAAGGUUGUUAGGCAAGGAAGCAUCUGAAAAUGAGAAAGGAUUGGCAGGUAUUCUGCAAGGCAGAUGGCUUUCCAUCACAUCACGACAGAUGUUAGUAGUAACCGGAGUAGGGAACUGAAUUGCAGUUGUAGCUGGCGAUUUUUCGCCUGGAACUCUAAUGGGAGAGUUUUCUUCCGAUUGAGAAUUUUCAACAGUAUGAUUCUGCCUUGGAGCUUUCUUCACUUUGUCAUCUUUCUUGUAAAUCCUGCACAACACCCAAUCAUCUAGCUGCAAGAAAAUAUGUGCAUAACAAUUUGAUCAGCUCUCUCAAUCAUGACAAUAAAACUUUGCUCUAAUUAGCAUUAGAUAAGUAAAGCUAUUGCACUAAUUCAAAACCCCUUAAUCUAUUCUGAAGAGUAUGAGUAAUCUGGAGAUGGAGAACUUACCCUCAUGUCACCAUCGUGAGUUCGGGCUCUUUCAGUGGGUGACUGUACUCUGAAUUCAUGCAUGAUCCAGUUCGUCUUGUCGCCUUUUGGGGCUUUACCUUGGUAGAACACCAAUGCCUUCCUGUAUCCAACUAUCUCACCUUUGUAAGACACCUUCUUAUCAGCUCCCGUGGCUUUCCAGUACCCAUCGCCUGCUGCACGAUUAGGCCUAUUUCCAUUCUUGUACUUCCUGUCCCUGGGUGUGAAAAAGUACCACUCUUUCUCCACCAAUCCCUGGUCUGUUUCUGCAUAUUAAUUGAAAGACAAUGUUAAUAGAGAACAUACUCUGCAUUAGGCAAAGAGCGAAAACUUACUAAAAACGACACUGAGACA